AUGUUCUUCAAGUCCGGUCUCCUAGCUGCUGCCAUGCUUGGUGUUUCUGUUGUUGAAGCCCACAUGAAAAUGAGCAAGCCUACUCCCUACAGCGCCUCAAGUCUUAACAACUCUCCUCUUGCUGCUGACGGCAGUGACUUCCCCUGCAAGCUGCGGGACAAUGCCUUCCAAGCUCCUACAGAGGAGACAGUGGUUAGAAUUGGUGAAGUCAUGCCCUUAACCUUCGUUGGCAGCGCCACCCACGGUGGUGGUUCUUGCCAGGUCAGCUUGACGAGGGAUCUGCAGCCUUCUAAGGAUUCUACAUGGAUGGUCAUCAAAUCUAUUGAAGGUGGAUGCCCUGCCAAUGUGGACGGUAACAGGUCAGGUGGUGCUGGGGGUGCUGAUCCAGACACCUUUAACUACACUGUCCCUGAAGGCAUCGCGCCCGGAAAAUACACUCUAGCUUGGACCUGGUUCAACCGUAUUGGCAACCGUGAGAUGUAUAUGAACUGUGCUCCUAUUACAGUCACCGGAGGCACCACUAGUGGCUCUGCCAAGCGUGAUACAGCUCCUGUUGCUGAGAAGGUCCAGGUUGAGAAGCGCUCUCCUAACCUCCCUGCCAUGUUUAUUGCCAACAUCAACGGCUGCACCACAACCGAGGGCACUGAUAUCCGCUUCCCUAACCCCGGCCCUUACGUUGAGCACGACGGCAAUCCAAGCAAACUCCAGGCCUCUGGUGCAGCAGCAUGCACUGGCACUCCCUCCUGGACUGUCAGCGCUGGCUCAAAUCCCAGUGUCAGCGCUAGCGUUGGCGCCAUCGUCAGUGCUACUGCUACUCCCUUCGCUGAGCCUGCGUCUAGCAGCAGCAGCGAGCCUUCUGAGUCCCAAGGCAGUACCGCUAUCUCUGCUCCUACUUCAGCCGUUAUCGUCCCUUCGCAGCCUACGGAAUCCGUUGCACCCUCGUCCGUGUCUUCCGCCGGUGACUCCGGAUCAGGUUCUUCUAACUCUGGAGCUUUGACUGGCGCCUGCCGCCCUGAGGGAAUCUGGAAUUGCAUUGAGGGCACUUCUUUCCAGCGUUGCGCCAACGGCGAGUGGACCCCUACUCAGCAUAUGGUGGCUGGUACCCAGUGUACUGCUGGUCAGACUGAGGACUUCACCAUCUCAGCUACAGCUCUGAAAUCUCGCAUGAUGAACGCCGUGCGCCACAGAAAGCAUGCUCACGUUGAUCGCUACUAA